CGGCGCAGCGCCCAGGCAACAUCCGAAUCCGCAAAAUCUCAACAUGCCCGCAGCCCGGAGUGUCAGUCGUGCACAUCAGUUUUUCCCCGCUUGCAUCGGGCGACAAUAUGUGCUCUGUUAUAACAAAUAGAUAAGUCGAGACUACGCUGAACUCCUUGCGCAAAGUCGAGCGCGGGAGCCUUCAAUUAGUCGACCUCCGCAUGACAAAAUGUUAACAAAACUCGCUAGCUUAGGCUAGGUUAUCAGCGAGACGAUGGGCGCGUUGCCGGAGGCGGAGCGCUCCUCCGCGCACCUUAUUUGGACGCUAGGCCCAAGGCGGAACUUCGUUGGCCAGCUAUACUCAGUGGAUACGCCAGUUCUGCUAUGGUGCUGUCUUGGGAGCCUAUCAUAUGCAUGUUGCGCUUUGGGGCUGCACCAGCUGGAUUCGACGGUGCGCGAGGAAAGCGACCAGGGGCAGGAGGCCGUGGAAUGGACGAUCCAAGUUCAAACUGCGGCGUUCGGGGCCGUGCUGCUGCUGAAUGUGCUCAACCUGGGCAUGCGGCAGCACCUGCUGCCCUUCAAGUGCAACCUGCUGCUGCUGUUCAUCAACGCCGUCGCCUUCGCCACCGACCUGAUCAUCUGGCGCCGCGGCACGCCCCUGUACCCGCUCAGCCCAGGGCUGGGGCUGGGGCUGCUGCGGCCGGGCGCCGCCGCCGCUGCGGGCGACCGCGCGUUCGUGCCCCUGCGCUACGUGCAGUGGCUGCACUCCACGCCCACCAUGAUCUACAUGGUGGGGCUGCUGGCGGAGGUGCGCGGCUGGCAGCUGGCGCUGCCUGUGCUGUGCGAUGUGGCCAUGGUGGUGACGGGGCUGGCGGCCUGCUGCACCACUGGCCUCACCAAGGCCUUCUUCACGGCCGUGUCGUUCGCCACGUUUGCGGUGGUGCUGCGCCGCAUCCACGCCAUGUUCGACAAGACGCUGCGCUCUGGUGACGUUGCCGCCGACCAGCGCGGAACGUUGCGGGCGGUGCGGGCGCUGCUGCUGGCGCUGUGGGGCGCCUUCCCGCUGGUGUGGCUGGCGGCGGACUGGAGGCUGGUGUCGCCGCAGGCCGAGGCGGUGGCGUGGGGCGUGUGCGACUACCUGGCCAAGGCCGUGUUCAGCAGCCAGCUGUGGCAGAGCAACCUCACAGGCGUGCACGUGCGGCGCGAGGUGGCCCUGGAGGCGUGGGAGGCGCACAACCGCGUGGAGGCCGUGGCGCGGCUGAGCAGCCUGCUGGCGCAGCGCGACGAGCUGCUCAGCACCCUCAGCCACGAGCUGCGCACGCCGCUGGCAGGCAUCGUGGCGCUGACCGGCGCGCUGUACCGGGACGUGGCCUCCGCGCUGCCCGCCUCCGCCCGCACCCUGGGCGCCGUGCGCGCCGCCGCCACCUGCAUGCUGCACAUCGUCGCCUCCACACUGGACGCGUUCGCGGGGCAGCGCGCAGAGCGCGGCGCCGCAGGCGCCGACGCCGGCGCAGCCGGCGGCAGCAGCAGCAACGCCACUGCCAGCAGCGGCAGCAACGGCGGCCAAGCCUACAACCAGCAGGCUUUGGCGCUGAAGGCGCCUGCCGGCGGCGCUGCCGGCGGCGCUACUGGCGGCUCAGGCGGCGGCGGCGGCGGGGGCUCCGUGUCGGCGGCUGUUGUGGACCUGCGGCCGCUGGUGGAGACGGUGGCGGCAGUGCUGCGGCCGCUGGCGCACGACGGUGUGGCGGUGGCGGCGGAGCUGCCGGAGGGGCUGCCGGCGGUGACGGCGGACGCCACCCGGCUCAACCAGGUGCUGUACAACCUGGUUGGCAACGCGCUGCGCUUCACCUCGUCCGGCGAGGUGCGCGUCAGCGCCCGCGUGCUUGGGCCGGACGGCGCCGUUUGGCGCUGCCGCGAGCCCAACAGCAGCGGUGACAGCGGCGCCGUCGGCUUGAGCUCCGACUCCCCGCAUGCCGCCGCCGCCGCCGUCAGGGGUCGGCGCAGUGAGGACUUCACCGCGAGCAGCUCCUCAGUGGCCAGGUCGCCGCUGCCCGGGGGGCGCAACAGCGGCAACAACGCGCCGGGCAGUGCCGGGCUGUGGCGGCGGCGCCCACGCACGUCGGCGUCGUCGGAGCACUCGGCGGCGAUGGCGGCGCCGGGCGGCGCCGGCGGCCCGCUGGGCGCGGAGGCGGCGGCGGCGGCGCUGCCGCCGGGCUGCGUGGUGGAGGUGGCGGUGGAGGACACGGGCGUGGGCAUAUCGCAGGCCCAGCUGGACGCGCUGAUGGCGCCCGCGUACCGGCCCCUGGGAACCGCCGACACCGCAGCCGCAGCCAACGCAGCCGCAGCCGCCGGCUACGCCGCCUCCGCCUCCAUCCGGGCCGGCGACGCGGGCGGCACGCUCUCGGACGACAGCGCCGCCCGCAAGCGCUCUAACAAGAGCCGGCGGCGAGCUGCAAAGGCGGGCAAGGCCGCCGCUUCCUCCUCCUCCUUGUUUUACACGGGCGCGCCGGCUAGCGGCGCCAUCUCCAUUGGCGGCACGGGCCUGGGGUUGUACCUGGUGCGGCUGGCGCUGCGGGCGCAGGGCUCCGAGCUCACUGCCGAGUCGGCGGCGGGCAUCGGGUCCAUGUUCCGCUUCCGGCUGCCGGUCGCGACCGCGGCGUGCGCGCUCGCUCUGGCCAGCAAGCAGGCAGCGCAGCAGCAGGGGCAGCAGGGGCAGCAGCAGCAGCAGCAGGGGGCGGCGGUGGCGGCGGAGGAGCAGGGCGCAGUGAACAUGGCGCGGGAGGCGUCGGUGGCUUGGAUGGCGGCAGCGGGAGAGGGAGAGGGCAGCCAGCCAGGACCCACGUCGGCGGCUGCGCCGGCGCCGGCCAAGGUUUCGACGGCCCCCGUGGUGCCGCGGUCCGAGCCAUCCGCCAUCGCCCGCCUCACCUGCAGGGUGAACGGCGGAGCCGCCGCCGCCGCUGCCGACGGCGCCAGCAGCAGCGGCGCUGCUGACGGCGUCGGUGCCGGCGGCGCCCUGAUGCGCUACGCGCAGUCGUGCUGCUCCCCGCUUGCCGCCACCGGCAGCGUGCCCGGCGACGCCGGCGACAGCGGCGGCUUCCCGCUGCCCAGUGGCUCCACCGCCGCCGCCUCCCACCUCGGCUCGGGCGUCCCGGCGAUGACCGGCUACCUGGGCCGGCCGCCGCUGGAGCGAGGCCUCAGCUGCAGCGCCUGCAACGGCCCCGGCGGGCUCCGCGCCGCCAGCGGCGUCUCCGUCGUCAUGGCGGCGGGCGCCGCCGCCGCGGCGGCGGCGGCGGCGGCCGCCGCCAGCUCCGCCGUCGGCUCCGCGGGGUCGGCGGAUGGAGCACUUGUCCCGGGCGGGAGCGCUCCGCGCGAGCGGUCGUCCCUGCUGGGAUACCCCAAGCGUGAAGUGCUGGAUGUGCGGAACCUGGCGGGGGCGUGUGGGGGCCCGGCAGCGGUCACUGGGGAAGGGGCCCUGGUCCCGGCGCCGGUGGCGGCGGCGGCGCCUGUCGCCAACAAUUUCCGGCACUGCAACAACGGCACACUGCAGGUCCUGUCUGUGGACGACGACCCCAUCAACCAGCUGGUGGCGGGCCAGAUGCUGACCAGCCAGCAGUGGAAGGUGGUCAAGUGCAUGGACGGACCCCAGGCCCUCAAGUUCCUGCGGCUGCCCGCCGCGCCAGAGCCGCGCGCCAGCGCCUCCGGCGGCGCCACUGCGGCGGACGCGCUGGCCGAGGCGCUGGCGGCGGCGGACGCGGCGGCGCCGCCGCUGGAUCCCGUGCCGGACUGUGUCCUGCUGGACGUGAUGAUGCCGGGCAUGACGGGGUUCGAGGUGUGCCGGCGGCUGCGGCGGCGCUACCCGCACGCCGCGCUGCCGGUCAUCAUCGUGAGCGCCAAGUCGGACGCGGCGGCGGUGGAGGAGGCGUUCGCGGCGGGCGCCGACGACUACAUGACCAAGCCCUACAAGCGAGCGGAGAUGGUGGCGCGGAUCAAGGCGCAGAUACGCAUACGCGACAGCAUGGCGGCAGCGGCGGCGGCGGGGGUACCAGGGGGCUCGGUGGAGGUGCCGCCGCUGGGUAACGACCUGCGUGUGCAGGCGCGAGCUCAGGACCCCGCCGCAGCGGCGGCGGCAGAGCCGCAGCAGCCGGCGGCGCAGUCACGGCCACAGCUGCACGCGCCCGGUGGCCACGUUGCCGGCAGCCUGGCGAGCCUGCUGGGCGGCGCCGCCGGCAGCGACUCCGCGAUCACGCCGCCAGGCGCCUACGCCCGCCGCCGCAGCGUCGCCCAUGCCAGCCCGGCGGCGGCGAUGGCCAGCGGCGCCAGCACACCGUGCGGCUCGAACUCAGCGGCCGCCACGGUGUCGCCGCCGAGGGCCAGCCUCAACGGCGCCACCGGUGCCUUCGGCUCGCGCAUGCUCGGCGGCUCCACGUGUGUGACGGAGAACGGCAUGCAGGCCCCUGCGCCGCCCAGGGGCGUCGCCACCGGCCCCGCCGGGCUCGGCUCUUUUGGCGGCGGCGCAGCCGCAGCCGCCGGGCUCUUCUUUAGCCCUGGGCUGCCCAGCGGCGGCGGUGGCGGCGGUGGCGGCGGCGGCGGCGGCGGCGGCGGCAUCUUCUCCGCCACCAGCACGCUGACGGGCACGGGGCAGUUCCGCUACGUGGAAGACGCCUGCGCCUCCGAGCUGGCGCUCGUCACCACCACCUCCAUCACCACCGGUCCCACGCCGCCGCGUGCUGCUGCGCUUACGGUGGCAUUCGUGGACGCGGAGAGCAGCGGCGCCGGAGGCGCUGCCGCCGGCGCGCUGCGCGCGGCGGCAACGCCGGCAGUGGCCGCCUCACCCGUCAGCAUCAGGACAGCCGAGGGCGGUGUGGCGGGCCUGAGCAGCGGCAAGUUGUUGAUGCUGCCUGCAGACACGGCCUCGGCGCCCACCGUCAGCGGCGGCCUGACCAGCGCUCCCGUCAGCGGUGCCGCCGCUGACGCCGCCGCCGCCGGCGUCUCCUUGCAGCAGCAACCGCCGCCCACGCCGAUACCGCUCGCGGCAUUAUCGCCUCCCUUCCCGCCGGCUGGCGGCGCAGCUGCCAGCCCUGCCGUUGCCGCCAGUCCUGCCGCCACUGCGGCUGCUGCCGCUGCCGCCGCUGCCGCCGCCGCGGUCCCAAUGGACCUGGCGUCGCUCAUGGCGGAGCUGCUGGCGGAGGUGCGCCGCAGCCGCGUGCUGGAGGCGGACGUGUCCAAACUGACGGCGCGCGUGGCGGCACUACAGACCGCCUGCGGCACACUGGCGGCGGACCGCGACGGCUGGUGCCGCCAGGCCCGCGACCUGCGCGCUCUCUUGGCCAGCGGCCUGGCGGCGGCGACCGCCGGCAUUGCCGGCGGCGGCGCCGCCGCGCCGCCGCCCAGCCUGGCAUUUGGCGGUUCCCCCGCCGCCUAUGGCGGCAGCGCGGCGGGCGGCUUCACCAGUCUGAACCUGGUGGGCCAGCCGACCUCGUCUGCAGGGCCCGCGUCCGUGGUGGUGCGAGCCAACAGCCUACUAAACGAGGCGGCACUGGCGGCAGCCAACGGCAGCACUGCCAGCGCCGACAGCAGCAACCACGCACUGCCACUGGCGACCUACGGCGCCGCCGCCAACGCCAACGGCGGCGGCGGCGGCGGCGGCUCAGUGGCGGCGCAGCUUGAGGACCUGCGGCGUGAGACGGCGGCGCUGCGGCAGCAGCUGCGCCUCGCGCUUGCCAGCAUUGGCAACGGCAGCAACAGCGUCAGCGGCGGUGGCGGCGCGCAGGGCUCAGUGCCGCCGGUUCGGGCCGGCAGCGGCAUCAGCGGCGGCGGCCUACCCAGCACGGGCGCGUCAGCCGGCAUAAACAACGGCAGCUCGUCCAGCGCGGCGCAGAUGGGCAGGGCGUAUGGCGCCGGCGCCGGCGCCGGCGCGCCGGCUAUCCCCGGCACGGGUGCAGGCAGCGCCGCAGCCAAUGCUGCCAACGGCUGCGCCGCCACGUCACCGCAGCCGCAGCGAGCCGUCCAGGCCGACGGCAACGGCGGCGCGCCAGGCCCUGCUAUGACCGGGCCCGUCGCCGGCGCCGCGCCGGCGGCCACGAGCGGUGGCGCCGAUGCCGGCCUGAGCGCCGGCAGCGGGCUGGUGGCGGCGCCAUGGGGCCCACACCACCAGCUGCUGCCCAACCCGCUGUUCGCCAGCAGCACAGCCGACAUGCUGCUCCACACCGCCGGGAGCGCCGCCUCCGCCUCGGCCUCAGCAGGCAGUGGCGCGGCGCCGCACGGGCUUGCUGCCGCCGCCACCACAGUGGCCGCCGCAGCCGCCGCUGCCGGCGCCGGCCAUGCGGAGCCGGCCGGUAGCGUCAUCGCCGCAAAGGAUGCCGUUGCGGCGGCGAUCGACGCGAGCGCCAGGACGGCCGAUGCCACGACUGCUGCCGCCGGUGCUGCAGACGCGGGGCUUCCCAGCGGCGAUGUGCCCACGCCUACACGAGCUAACGGCGACGCCGGCAGCGGUCCAGGCGCCCGGCGCGGCGGCGGCGGCGCGUCGGCCCACGCGCACGCGCAGCUGCCGCCGGCUGAGGCGCAGGCGCACAUGGGGGUGACCUCGCUGUCUUCCGACCUGCCGCCACAAGUACGGCGCGGCAACGCCGGUAGCAAUGGAGUCACUGCCACCGCCAAUGGCCAGAGCUGCGCAGCAGGCGCCGCCGGCGCCGACCACGGUCAUGGCGGGCAUGGCUGCGGUGGCGCCGCGGCGGAUGCAGGCAUAUUCCGGGGCGGCGGCGUCAGCGGCCGCAGUGAGAACAGCCGUGGCGGGUCCACGCCCAGCGUGCCCACCACCGGUAGUGUGCAGGGGGGAGACGGCACGCCCAAGGUUGCGGACCGGGCGUUGAUCUUGCCUGGGGCGCAGCCGCUGACGGCGUCAACGCCUGUGACGCCGGCGGCGGCGGCACUGGCGGCCGCCAGCGCCGUCGCCGGGUCUGGACGUGACGGCGCCCGCGGCCGCAGCGGCGGGGCAACGGCCGGCAUACUGCGGCUGCUGUGCAGCAGGGGCGCAGUGCCAGUCAACGGUGUUGACUCAAAAUAACGCGCACGCGCGGUACAGCAGUUGAGAGAGGUACGUGCAUCAUUCCAGUAGGGAAUGGCCUACGGCCACACAAACUUUUUGGGCUAGAAAACAGUCUGAGAUCCAGUAGCACACUGGUGAGCAUGAGACCAGCGGCUGCACAGUUCCCGCUGUGGAGAUUCUUGCAGCAAGCUGGCGGACAAGCCUGUUUGCUAGCUGAAGUAUCACAGUUAAAUAAAGCCAGCAAGAGUAAGGCACAGCGCUAGCAGGAUCGUGCGCGCAGACAGAGGGCUAACUGCGCAUUUACAACUUUAUCUUCAUCACGGUCUUGUUAAUACAGUAGCUUGCGGUCUGCGUCAACAUUCAUACUGUUUCUAUUACGGUCGGUGUUGAAGGAGAUAAUAUGGAGAUCUCGGCUGGGACGAUCCUACGGGUCCCAGUGUUCGUCUGUCGGGUUGGUGCUUGGUGGUUCAGCCAGUUGGCGUCGGGGUUACAAUCUGGGUGUUCAUGGCUGGAGGCGAGUGAGGCUAUGGCACGAAGGUUUCGCGGCGCCAUUGGUGUGGAGAUUGCUUUUGCUUUGGAGGACCGAAUACCAGCUAUUGGAAUUUCAUUUGCGCAUAUGCACGAGUGGUCUCACUGUACGUGCCUGCUGCAUGAGACAGCAAACAGCCGCUGGGGGCGACGGUGCCGUGGUGUGUACGGGUGAGGUGGGUGAGGCACAGGGCUUGCGGCACACGCUGGCGCAGGCUCAUGCGCUCCACCCGGCCCUCAGCGCUGUGGUCGUGGCGAGCGGGGUACUUGGAGGUGCCGUUCUGUAUUUUACUAGUCGGGGCAGUUGUUAUACAUCUUGUGAGGGCAUAGAACUUGCCAUUAUGGUCUGUCUUGCGCGCUCAGCUACAGUGCAGCUUUGAGGGGUCAGGCCAGUGGGCAGAUUAUGUGGGCAUGCGAAGCAGCAUGGCUUGCCACACCUUGCAUGGUGCAGGCAAGGAACUGUUUGGGAGGGGCACAUGCAAGGCUGACGGCAGGGGCUUGUCCAGUGUGUGGCCUUGCAGGGUGUGAGGCAGGUAGGGUAGAGGCCGCAACGUGGUGCGGGCAGGUUGCCGUGUCAGGGUGGAGCGUGGGUGGCAGGACACGUGGCCGACACGCUUUGCGUGCGGUGCAGAACGCCAAGGCAGGAGUGCAGCUAGUGGUGCCGAGGUAGUAGCAAAAUGUACUAAAAGCAACUGGCGGCCAGCAGGUGAUAGAACGUUGACGUGCAUGAAGUACCAAUAGCACGCCAACGUGCACACGGGUGCAUUGAAACAGGCUUGCCGUCGAAGUAUGUAGAGAGUUGCAGAAAUCGUGGGGGCGCGGAGAGUAGCGGCGUGGCGUUGAUGUCGUGGCGAACAGGCGAGACGUGCACCCCAAUGUGCGCCAUGGUGCGUAGGCGUGGGUAUGAACAUGUUUGUGCAGGGCCAUUCGGGCCAAUCCCAAGCCCAGACGGGGCCCGAAGGCUAAACCGUCUUGCCGAAUGCAACCGGCGGGUGUAAAACAGGUCGGAAAGGAGAGGGAGCGAAGCCACUGCUUCAGGGCCGGUGCGGGUGCUGCAUGGGCCAGUGCGGCGGAUUGGAGUGCAUGGCGUUGCGCCCGCCCGGCUGCCAGCCUGCCAGUACUGGCAGCCUCGGCCGCUGGCUGUGGCUAUGCGACAACCCGGCAUGUGAGCCAGCUGUGAAGCGCGACGCGAGCGGCUGGCCGCUGCCGCCUCAGUCCUGCGCGGGCGCCGGGGCCUGGGUGUGGUGCGACGGCUGCGAGUCCAGCUUGUACUGCAGCGAGGGGUGCCGGCCUGCCGGGUGGCGCACUGGCAGGCCGGGCAUGCGGAUGUGUGCCGGUGUCGCGGGGCUGUGCGGCAGGGCGCGUAGGCGUUUGGUUCUGAGCGUGUGUGGAGAUGGUGCGUGCGCCUACGGAGGUUCGGCCGUUCGGGUAAAGCAGACUUAGCCCGAAACCCACUACUACCCGAGGACUACACACAGGUGGAAGUAGACAAUAGAACGUGGGCAGACCGGGAUUGUGAGGCGGCUGGGUAGAAGGAUGUAGUGAAGGCCGCUGGCCGAGACGCUGGGCGUGAUGGGGUCAAUCCACUACUACAUACUGACCAGCCGCAAGUGCUGCAGGGGGCGUGGGCCUUGUAGCCAUCAGCAGCCGUGCAUACCGUACACGACCUCGACCCGCUCCUGGCCACGCCUGCCCUGGCCGCCAGGCGGGCAGGCCACGCCGCACGGACCCACGGCCAAUGUGCAUGUGUCCGGCUGUUGAGCAACGCUAGCCGUGAUACACCUGCGGUGCAGCCCAGCCGGGUCCAGGGGUGAGCUGCAGUUACCGUAUUCGGUGAUCAGCAACCAUGUGAAAUGCGUGCGGCAAAGCCAGGGCCUGGCAAGCAGUGACGACAAAGGACGAUUUGAGGCGCUCCGCGCUCGGGUGCAUCACCUGCAUGUAUGGAAUGUAAUAAUGUUAUAGA